AUGUGGUGCGGGCAAAAGUGCGCCGUUUUCUGCGCCGGCAUCGGCGCAGAUCUGCGCCGGCAAACGGCGCACUUUGCGCCGCCGGCGCACUUUGCGCCGCCGGCGCACUUUUUUGAUGGCGAAACUGCGGAUGUGAUUCGGGGUGGUGACAGCAGUUUCGCAGCGACCCAGGAUGACAGAGCUGGCCUUUGCCAGGGUGAGGACUUUUGCGCAUACGUGUACCAGCCGGUGGGGGGCAGCGAUCCCGGGAGCUGCCAGCGAUGGGGGGCGUCCGUGCAGCGCGUCGAGUUUUCUUUUUUCGUUGCGCCAGCGCCAGUCCACGCCCUUGUCGCGCAUACCGCCCUAUUCCACUGGGCACGCGCCACGGGCCACGAGAGCCCUGGUAGAGCCCAGCUGGCAUGUUCCAUCGCCCGGGCCGUCGGUGUCGGCGGGCUGACGGCGGCCGCCGGAAUCGCGAUUCGCUCUGCCAGCUGCCAGCAGCCUCGUGUCGCCGCUCUCCUCCUGCAGCUCCUGCAGCUCCUGCUAGAGGAAGCGGCAGCGUGGGAAGCAAAGCAGAUGGAGGCGGCGCGGCAUGCCAAGGAGCUGCUGCUGGCGGAGGUUGAGCGGCUAAGUGCAGCAAGGGCCAAGAGCAAGAAGGGCAAGAAGAAGAAGAAGAAUGUGGGCGUGGGCGAUACGGGCGCCGCUAGGCUCAACGAGGAGAUGCUGUGCAGUUAG